AUGGCCAGAGCGUUCUCCUCCUUUGCAGUGGCCGCCACCGUCGCGGUCAACUUGGUCUCCGGCGAGGUGACACAAGUUCAUCUGGGUCUGUCCAGCUCCGCUGUCGGCUGCACCAAUGGUAUCGCUGUAUCCUUCGCCACGGACGAAGCCAAGUCGUAUCCAGUCACCGCUACAGCGGACGGCUCGACCAUCACGGCGGACAGUACCUUUGUCAACUACUCGGUGUCGGAGCCUGACUACAACUACACGUACGCGUCACCGUAUCUGCAUACAGCUUUACUGUGCGAGCUGGCAGAGACGACCAAGUACACGUACACUAUUGGCGACUCUUUCUCUAGCUCUUUCGUGUCGUUACUGCACCCUGGCUCAGACUCAGAGGAGACCAUCCUCGGUGUUAUCGGAGACCCUGGAGACACGACUUCUUCCGAGACGACGUUCGCUGAACAGGCCAAGGCGUUCGAAGGCAAGCACAUGCAGGCUCUCGUCAUCGCUGGUGACUACUCGUACGCCAAUGGCCAACACUUGCAAUGGGACAAUUGGUUCCGUGAGCAGCAGAAUCUCACGUCUAUCUACCCGAUCACGGGUAUCAAUGGCAACCACGAGACCAUCACGUCUUCAGGCCAUUUAAACAUGUAUCCAUACCCGGAAGACAUGGAGCUGGAAGCGGAGAACUACCUGGGCUAUCUCAAGCGUGUGUACUCACCGAUCAGUGAGGACGCGAAGGCUGCAUUGCACACGUGGUACUCCGUCGAUAUAGGUCUCAUCCACUGUGUGUUCCUGGAUGACUACACGGGAUCUAGAGGCACUAACGCGACGGUAGUGGGCACAGCUGCGUGGCUGGCGGACCGCAAUACACAGCUCGAAUGGGUCAAGUCAGAUCUGGAGAAGGUGGACCGUAGUAUCACCCCGUGGGUCAUAGUCAUCAAGCAUAACCCAUUCUACAACACUUGGAGCAACCAUCAGUGCCAAUGCUCGUCCACGAUCUUCGAGAUGGACGAUUCCGACGUUGAAAAGUGCUGGAAUGGCACGUACCACUCGGGUAUUGUGUACUCGGAGCCACAAUGUGGACAAAUGGCCAAGUUGGAGGAAGUUUUCUCGGCUAACGGCGUGAACGCUAUGAUCACUGGCCACGUACACGCGUACGAACGCACUGCCAAGAUCUACAGGAACAAGGAGGACGCCACAAAAGGUAUCUACCAUGUCACUACAGGCUCCGGUGGCAACUACGAAGGCCACGCCGGUCCUCGAAUCUCCUCGUCGCUCAUCCCGAGCUGGUCGUUGGCUUCCAACAACGUCACGUUCGGUGGCUCUCGCGUCAUCGCCACGCGCGAAUCGUUCCGCUUUUUGUGGUUCGCUAACGACAUCAGCACCGCGGAAGCUGUACCCACUGAUGGCUUCACCAUCUUCGCUAACGGCACGGACAUCACGACGUGGCCUCAGACCAACGCAACUUCGUCGAUCAGCGCCAAUUCCACGGCCCCAAGCACGACGACGACUGCUCCGAGCAUCAAUAUUGUCACCGAGGAGCCAGAACCUCAAGGCGGCCACUGCUAA